UAAUAGACGUGCAGUAUUCGUUUUCAAUCUCAUUGGUGCAUAUCUAUCUGCUGAAUUUAUAUAGUCAGUGAUCAGAAAAGAACUAUUUGUGGUGCUGUAGUUUCUCUUGAAGUUGAAUUGAUUGUGUUUACGAUGGAGAUGGACGGGGCUGAAUCGAGACUGGAGCAAAACGAUGACAGUAUGGAUCAAAAUGGGUCUGCUAGGGGAGAUUACAGAGAUGAAGAACUGCUUGAUGGUUUUGAAGGAGAUGUCGGUGAGAAACCGAGGGAAUCAAGCAAGCACCGGAGCAAAGACAGAAAGAAGAGUCGAAAAGAAGAGAAGGAUCAUGGAAGUAGGGAUCGAGAACGGUCAAAGGCCGCUGAUGUUUCGAAGGAGAGUGACAAAGUGGUUAAGGAUUCAGAAAAAGACCGGGUUUCAAGUAGAGAGAGGAGAAAGGAGGAUAGAGAGGACCGUGAGAAGGAUAGGCACAAGGAUAAAGAAAGGGAGAAAGAUUAUGACCUUGAUAAGUACAAAGACAAGGACCGUGAGAAGGAUAAAGAUAGGAAAGACAAAGGGAAAGAUAAGGACCGUGAAAGGGAGAGAGAGGGGGAGAAAGACCAUGAUCGAGGGCGAGAGAAGGAGAGGGGAAAGGAGAAGGACAGGGAACGUGAUAAGGAGCGGGAUAGGGCAAAGGACAGGGACAGAGAAAAGGAAAGGGAUAAACAUAAAGUUCGAGAGAAGGAAAAGGAAAGGGAAAGGGAAAAGGAAAAAGAACGUGAUAAACAUGACAGGGAUAAGGCCAAAGACAAAAGUAGGGAGAAGGAAAGAGAGAAAGAUAGAGAGAAGGACGGAGACAAAGAGGGUUCUAAAGAUAAAGAAAGAGACAAAAUGACCGGGAAAAUUCGUAUUGAAGGCCAAGGUAGGGGUAAAGAUGGUGGAAAAGACGAAAGACCUAAAACAGAGGGUAUGAAUGAUGGAGAUGUCACUGUGCUGGGGAAGGAAACCGAGCAUGAAGAUAGUGAUAUCAGUGGCAUGGAGCAUAAUCAGCAGACCGAGUGGGCAUCAGGGCCAUCAAAAUCGGAGCUUGAAGAGCGGAUAUUGAGAAUGAAAGAAGAAAGAUUGAAGAAAAAGUCUGAAGGUGCUUCGGAAGUUUUAGCGUGGGUUAAUAAGAGCCGUAAGCUGGCAGAGAAAAGGAACGUUGAAAAAGAGAAAGCCAUGCACCUUUCCAAGGUUUUUGAAGAGCAGGACAAUAUUGAUGAAGGAGAAAGUGAUGAUGAGGAAGCAGCUCGGCACACUGCAAAGGAUCUAGCUGGAGUUAAAGUUCGUCAUGGUCUUGAUAAAGUAAUUGGAGGUGGAGCUGUUGUUUUGACUCUUAAAGAUCAAAACAUACUCACCAAUGGUGAUAUCAACGAAGAGGCUGAUGUACUAGAAAAUAUUGAGAUUGGAGAGCAAAAACAGAGAGAUGAGGCUUAUAAGGCUGCAAAGAAAAAGACUGGGAUAUAUGAGGACAAGUUCAGCAAUGAAGAUGGUUCCCAAAAGAAAAUGCUUCCACAGUAUGAUGAUCCUGUUGAAGAUGAGGAUGUGACUUUGGAUGACGGUGGACGCUUUAGUGCCGAAGCAGAGAAGAAGAUAGAAGAGCUCCGUAAAAGGAUACUGGGAGUAUCUGCAAGCAAUCAUUCUGAAGAUCUCAAUUCUUCUGGGAAAAUUUCAUCAGAUUACUAUACGCAUGACGAAAUUCUCCAGUUUAAAAAGCCAAAGAAAAAGAAAUCCCUGAGGAAGAAGGAAAAGCUGGAUUUGGAUGCCCUAGAAGCUGAGGCUAUAACUGCUGGGUUGGGCAUGGGUGAUCUUGGCUCCAGGAAAGAUGGGAAGAGGAAAGCUGCCAAGGAGGAUCAAGAAAAAUCUGAGGCUGAAAUAAGGAAUAAUGCAUACCAAACGGCUUAUGCUAAAGCGGAAGAGGCAUCUAAAGCACUCCGACAGGAACAAACUCUAACUGUUAAAGUUGCGGAAGAUGAAAAUCCUGUUUUUGGUGAAGACGAUGAGGAUCUCUACAAAUCUUUAGAAACAGCAAGAAAGUUAGCACUUAAAAAGCAGAAUCAGGCAGCAGCAUCUGGUCCUCAAGCAGUUGCACUUCUUGCCAGCACUGCCAACAAUCAAUCAAGUGAUGAUCAUAACUCUGCAUAUGAAGAACCACAAGAAAACAAGGUUGUCUUCACAGAGAUGGAAGAGUUUGUAUGGGGUCUCCAGCUUGAUGAAGAAGCCCAUAAAACUGAUGAUCAUGAUGUUUUCAUGGAUGAAGAUGAAGUUCCUAAAUCCUCUGACCAGGAAAAAAAAGAUGAAGCUGGUGGUUGGAUGGAGGUCAAAGAUACUGAUAAAGAUGAACACCCUAUUAAUGAAGAGAAAGAAGAAAUAGUUUUGGAUGAGACUAUCCAUGAAGCUGCGGUUGGUAAAGGAUUAUCAGGAGCACUGAAGCUACUUAAGGAACGAGGAACGCUGAAGGAGACUGUAGACUUGGGUGGCAGAAACAUGGACAAGAAAAAGAGCAAACUUGUUGGUAUCUACGACAAUGAUGGACGUAAGGAAAUACGUAUUGAGAGGACAGAUGAAUUUGGUCGGAUUAUGACCCCUAAGGAGGCCUUUCGGGUUAUUUCUCAUAAAUUUCAUGGGAAGGGGCCAGGCAAAACUAAGCAAGAAAAACGCAUGAAGCAAUACCAAGAAGAGUUGAAACUAAAGCAGAUGAAGAAUUCUGACACACCAUCACUGUCUGUGGAGAGAAUGAGGGAAGCUCAAGCUCGUCUAAAGACACCCUAUCUUGUGCUUAGUGGGCAUGUAAAACCUGGGCAAACCAGUGACCCCAGAAGUGGUUUUGCUACUGUUGAGAAGGACCUUGCGGGGGGUUUGACACCCAUGCUUGGAGAUAAGAAGGUUGAGCAUUUCUUGGGGAUCAAGCGCAAGGCUGAACCUGGUGAUGGGGGUGCGUCAAAGAAGCUGAAGAACUAAAAUUUCCCCUCCUUUUUGGGAAAGUGUGAAUGCAUUUAUGCUUGCAGUUUUGAAGAUUUGGGCUUGCCAGAUAACUUUGCAUCUUACCUUUAAGGUGAGAAGCAAAUGAUACUGAUGAUUUGAUAUCUUCUAAUCCCCAAAGCCAUAGCUAGCUAUGGAUUGAGGAGGCUGAAAUGGCAAACUUGUCAAAGCUUCUGAGUAUCAUUUCUUUUGAAUUACUUUGUACAAAUCAUAAGUUUCUGUAGAGUACAGUUCAGAAAAUGUAUGAUUAUAUGGCUUCCUGUUUUUGGAGCAAAA